AUGUGUCAUCGGACUUGGGCACGUCUUCUGGGCGUUGCAUUGAUAGCGAGCGUUGCCCUUGCCCUCCCUUCCAGGGGCCACACCCUCAACGAAACGCCUCACGGGCGACCCCAACAGAGCCAGAGCUGGUGCUCCUUCGGCGAAUACGCUGCUCCUUUGAACAUCUCGGACGAUCUUGAGGCCCUUGAGAGAGCGACUUCGGAAUCUCCAGCCGACCAAGGAGCCACAAUCAACAUCCCCGUCAACGUCUUCAUUCUUGGGAAUCCAGAGACCCAAUCAAAACUGAAUAUGACUUCUCCUGUCGUCAGACUUCAAGAUAGUCUUGCCUAUGGAUACUCGAGCCUCGGAUAUUCGUUCGGGCCCUUCAAUACCUACCACAUCUACGACCUUGAGUUCGCGGAGUUUGAAUUCGAUACACUUGUCUCGCAUAAGUUACUCAAGAUGGCAUGGCGCCUUCGCACCGGCGGGGCCGAGACGCUGAACAUCUACCUCGUGCCCAAGAUGGCUCCCGGCCUCCUGGCAUUCGCACUCUUCCCCCGCAUCCUGAUGAAGGACAGCCGCAAUUCCUUGGCCCUGGACGGCGUUCUUUUCAGCCACCACACGAUGACGCACUUCUUAUCGGAGAAGACGACGAUCCACGAGGUGGGUCACUGGCUCGGGCUAACGCACCCGUUUCAGGGUGGUUGUCUCGUCCCGGACGGGGACGGAGUCCCGGAUACACCGCAGACGGACUUCAAAGGAGACCAGGAGUGCGCAGCGGAAAAAGACACAUGCCCCAACCUUCCCGGCAUCGAUCUGUACCCAGAACUUAACUUUUACUCCGGGCCAAAUCUCGAAGAUGCGCCAGUCUUGGAACCAAUAUCGAAACCCCAGGACCCGGCAGCUUCCUCCCUCUACAAACCAGCCUCUCCGGACGGUCCCUGA